AUGGAAGCCAGUGAAAGCAACGUCCCAGUUUCUGAAUCUAGACCCUAUGAUGAUGGACCAUGUGCGCUCGAGAACAUUCAUAGCAAAGCUCACGAUGUUUUUCCUAUUCCCUUCAAUGGCAUUAGAAUGCUAAUUAACAAGGGUCUUUCAUCUCAUUUCCAAGUCAGCCAUACUUUGACUCUCAGUAGUGGUGAAAGCGCAGGUUACCGCUUUGGUGCUACCUAUGCGGGCCACAACAAAGUUUCCGAAACUGAGGCCUAUCCUGUUCUUAUGGGCGAGCUUCAACCUAAUGGCCAAAUGCAGGCUCAAAUUGUGAACCAAGUUGCCCCCAACUGCCGUCUACGUUAUGUUGCGCAAAUACAAAAGUUUGUCAUGGCAAAUCAACAGAUUGCUGCUGAGUUUCGUAAUGGAAGUCAUCAGGUUGGUCUAACUCUGAUUAACCCUGAUUUUUCCCGGGGCGAAGUUAUGGUUGCUAUUGAUACUAUGCGGAAAAUGUCAAAUCGCUUCUAUAUGGGUUCGAUGUUCUUUUACAAUCGCUCUCAUCAGCUUCCCGGUGGUAAUGAUGGUGUAUGGAGUCUUGGUGGGAAAUAUGUCGCCGAUUAUUGGCAAUUCGCAUCCACCGUCCGACCACUUCAGCUAGCUUUUCAUUCCAGUUUUCACAUGAAAGUGAAUGAAAAUCUCCAACUUGCUGCAGAAAUAGAAUCGAACUAUCAACAACAAAGCAACAUUGCAACCCUGGGUUAUCAGUUUGAUCUCCCUAAAGCUAAUGCCAGUUUCAAGGCUCAGAUAGACUCAAACUGGAAUGUUGCUGCAACUCUUGAGAAGCGCCUUUUCCCUUUCCCUUUUACCUUUGCCAUUAGUGCUUUGGGCAAUAGUGUUGCCUCCAAGUAUGAGGUUGGAGUGGGCCUAACCGUUGGAUAA